GUCUUUGCUCCCCCAGCCCCCUCACUUCUGGGCUCUCCCUUGCAGAACGAGCUGGCCAAGAAGGCCGUGAGCGACUUGGCCGCCGUGUACGGGACCAAUUACACCUUCGGCAGCAUCGCCGACACCAUCUACACGGCAGCAGGCACCACCGUCGACUGGGCCUACGACCAGGGGGUGAAAUAUUCCUUCACCAUGGAGCUGCGGGACACGGGGCGCCACGGCUUCCUCCUGCCCAGCUCCCAGAUCCUGCCCACGGCCACCGAGACCUGGCCGGCCCUGCUGGACAUCAUGGUCCACGUCCUGGAGCACCCCUACUGAGCCCAGAGCCUCCCCCUUCCCUCACCCCAAUAAAUCAUCACGGACGCUCCCUGCUCCAGCCCUCUGUUUUUCCUUGGAAAUGGGUUUUUUUAUCCCCCCCUCGUGGCUUUGGCCCUACAAGUGCCCAACAUUUGGAGCCCUGAAGGACGUGGGAGGAGGAGGAGGGUGGUUUUUGGGGCAGCCAAACCUAAAUCUGGGGUGGUUUUGAGCAGUUUUGCUCCAUCAUCCCUUCCCCAGGCGCCUUUUUUUCCACGUGGAAUGGCCGUCACCUGCUCUGACCUCCGGCCCAGGCCAAGCUUUAAGCCAGUUCCCCAGAGCAGACUUUAAACCAGAUUCCCAGGCCAAG